GGCAACCAGUGAUGACAUAACAUAUGGUUUGAGACAAUCGUCAAUAAAAACAAAAUAUUUGAUUUGUCUUAUAAAACGCCAUUCAUUUGAUCCCUUGACCUAACCAUCGGUGUCUGGAGAUAUGCGACAGACAUGACCACCGCCGACACUGACUACCACUUCAUACACGCGUUGGACAUCGAGUUGGAAGAGCUCAACGACAGCGUCCAAGAGUUUUGGAUCAAAAAUGGGUGUCUUGUGGCUGAAUGUCAACAGUUGUUGUCUCGCGUCAAUCGCCACAAGACUAACAGUCAGAUCGCGAAGAGUGUGGGAACGGGUGUGUCGGGUGUCGGCGCCAUCGCCCUCAUCAGUGGCAUAGCCUUAACCCCAUUCACGGGCGGUCUGUCUAUACCCGUGUCAGCCAUCUUGGGCUUCGGUGGCGGCGCCGCCACAGCCAUGGGAACCGUUACCACUGUUGGCACUGAUGUCGUCGACUACUUCGUCUCCAAGAAGUUCUUCACGCGAUUGAGUCGAUUGGCUGCUGAGCGCAACACAAGUGCCGUCGCUUUGAGUCAAAAGUUAUCCCAAUUUGACAUCUCUUUGAAGCGGACCUACGGUUUGAAUCGUGUGAACGAUGUCUUCGACGAGGGAUUAGGUUUUGUGACACUUAUAAACCUCUUGACGAAGAGCACUACCAGUGCCUAUAGGAUGGGAACCAAUUCAAUCAAAUUGAUUGAUGCCGUCAAAGAGUAUAACGCCAUAAAAGUGGCCAAAACUCUCAAAAGUGUUAAAUCGGAGGCCAAUGUCAUGCAAACGAUGGCCAGAAGUGUCACCUCAUUGUUGCCCACAGAAGCCAAAGGCUUGAGCACAGGUCUGGCGAAGACAGCGGUUCCGUCGACCGGCAAAUUGGUUCUGAGAGGAGGAACGGCUGCUUUAGGGCUGUUGUUUACAGUCGUGGAUGCGGUGGUGUUGGUGAAGGACUGGAACAAAGCCCACCCGACCGUCGAAGCCAUCAAUGGUUUGGUUGAAGAUCUGGAGUCGGACUCAAAGCUCAUUCAAUCGAUUCAUACGAUGAUUACGACGGCUUUCAAUGCGGAUCUCAUUAAUGAUGAGUUCAUCGAUGAGAUUCUCAACGCUAUUGACUGCACUGGUAGUUGUCCUCCGGAAGUGAUCACAAUCAAAGAUUCUGAUGAUGAGGACAAUGGCAUUAGUAGUAUGAGUGGUUUGGAGCUGACGGUCGUCGUUAUGAUGACUGUCCUAUUGUCGGCUAUACUUGGGUUCGGCGCCGGCAUGUGUUACGGAUUGUGUCUCUCGGAGUGUAUGCGCCACAAGAAAGCAGUGGUCAUCGCACCGACACCUGAUUUCCGUGUCUAUCGUCGUCCCAUACCUCCCCCUCGUCCGCGACCUGAUGUGGAGUUUGUUUAG